GGAGUUCUAUUUCCCUUGUUUUGAUUAAGUGCCGUCAAGCCGAUGCCGACUCUUAGUGACUACAUAGAUAGAUUCUCUUCGGGAUAAUCUGUUUUCAACUCGACUUUUUAGAUCUCUUAGCACUACGAUUCCCACAAUGCAAAACAACUUCCCGCCUAUCACGUGAUAUGGACACGCUCUCAUGUCAUGCAGAUUUCACAGUAUCAUGUGAUGAGGCGACGUCUUAGUUCCGUAAACACUAGUUUGCGCUUGUGCAAGUCAGAGAAAUGCGAAGCGACAGGUAAGGGUAAGUUGGCAAGAAAGUGAUCGAGAUCUCCGUUGGUUUCUCAGUCAGAUUUUAUUUGGGAAGAAUGCCAGGGGUGCGGCAUAGUUCCAGUUCUCCUUCCAUUACUAAAGGUAUUAGCUAUAGUAGCAACAAAUAAUCUCUGGAAAUGGAAGAGAGAAAAAACAAGAGGAGGAGUCCAAAAUCAUCUACUUCUCACGUCUCUCAGGUUGUCCACAAUAAGAAAAAUUCUGUGCCUGCUAGUAAAAGUACAGCAUUUUCAAAUCCUGCACCGCAGCCAACUUUACAGAGAACAAAGUUUAAAAAAGGCACAAAAGAAAAAGCCAAACCACCAGGAACAGAAAGCAAAGGGGCACAGGCUGCUCCAAUCCAGCACUCAUUUCUCACAGAUGUCUCAGAUGUUCAAGAAAUGGAGAAAGGACUUCUGAGUCUUCUGAAUGAUUUCCACUCUGGCAAACUUCAAGCAUUUGGUAAUGAAUGUUCCAUUGAGCAAAUGGAACAUGUACGAGGGAUGCAAGAGAAGCUGGCUCGCUUGAAUCUGGAGCUUUAUGGGGAAUUGGAGGAACUCCCUGAAGAUAAGAGGAAAUUAGCUAGUGACUCCAAUCUGGACAGACUGCUCUCAGAUCUGGAAGAACUGAAUUCUUCUAUACAAAAACUUCAUUUAGCAGAUGCUCAGGAUGUUCCAAAUACCAGCACAAGCUAAAAUUGCAGUCUUUGUUUGUGGGUUGUGUUUGUUUUGUUUCCUUUCAACCCAGGGUGUCUUCUUCAUUUGCAAUGGACUUUUUCUUGCUUCUGCAGCAAAGUAUUAAAGUGCAAGUGAAAAUGUUCACACAUUCCUCUUAGUGGAUAUGAGUGCUGCAACUAUAUCAGGGUUGGAGUUUAGGUACUAAUUGACCAUAUCUUGCUGCUAUGCUUUGUAGUAUAUUGCCUUAUUCAACCUGAAAUAUUGGAAAAACUUGAAGAUGCAGUUUAAUGCUCAGUGUUCAGAUCAGUUGGGAUUUUAUUUAAAAAUAAGUUCAAAUAUAACAUAUUCAGCUUUAAGUUAGUAACAGAUUGUAAUAUAGUUGCCUUCUUUUCCUCAAUGUAGACAAUCAGUUUGGUGUGAUUAAUUGACCAGUUAGGCUAUUAAAUUAGUGUUUAAUUUAUGUUGGCAAUAAAAUAAUUUCUUUUAAGGUC